AUGGAUGAAGACACAAACAGCACCAGCCUCGAGGCUGUGCUGCCAGCAGGAGGGACGCGGAUUCUCCGGUUUGUAGAAGACAGGAUACAGACCACUAUGCUGACUGGAAUUGCAAUUGGAGCUGCAGUCGCAUUACUACUCAUAGCAGUUGUGGUGUUUGUCGUUUACAGAAGAGUGAGACAGUCUAAACAACCUCAGCCUCAGGUGCCUCAGUACCGAUUUCGCAAGCGGGACAAGGUGAUGUUCUAUGGGCGGAAGAUCAUGAGGAAGGUUACAACCCUCCCAAACUCCCUGGUUGGGAAUACUGUGCCUCGCCAGCGGAUGCGGAAGCGCGCAAAAGUGUUAUCUUUGGCUAAAAGGAUUCUGCGGAUUAAGAAGGAAUGUCCAACUCUGCAGCCCAAAGAACCGCCUCCUUCUUUGCUAGAGGCAGAUCUGACCGAGUUUGAUGUCAAGAAUUCCCAUUUGCCUUCUGAAGUCCUGUACAUGCUUAAAAAUGUCAGGGUCCUCGGCCACUUUGAGAAGCCUCUCUUCCUGGAACUGUGCAAGCACAUGUUCUUUGUGCAGCUGCAUGAAGGCGAAUAUAUCUUCCGCCCUGGGCAGCUGGAUAACAGCAUCUACGUGGUGCAGGAUGGCAAGCUGGAAGUCUGCAUUCAGGAGAGUGAUGGAACAGAAGUGGUUGUGAAGGAGGUGCUGGCAGGAGACAGUGUCCACAGCCUUCUCAGCAUUCUGGAUGUGAUCACGGGUCACCCUGCUCCCUACAAAACAGUGUCAGCCCGAGCAGCCAUCCCCUCCACCAUACUGAGGCUACCAGCAAGUGCCUUUCAAGACGUCUUCCAGAAAUACCCUGAAACCCUGGUGAGAGUGGUACAGAUCAUCAUGGUGAGGCUGCAGAGAGUGACAUUCCUGGCACUGCACAACUACCUUGGUCUGACUACAGAGCUCUUCAACUGUCAAAGCCAAGCCAUCCCCCUUAUCUCUGUGACAAGUGUCACUGCUGGAGGAGGCUCAAGCAAAGCAGUGAAGAGACAAGUGUCUAAUGUGUCAGAGGAGGAUCGUGGAGAGAAGCUGGAAAAAGCUGGGGAAGCACUGGAAAUAGACCCGUUGAAGAUUUCUGGUACAGAAAACUCUGAGCAUAUUUUCAGAAGAAGCCUUUCAUCACCUCCCUAUGCAGGGUCUCUAGAGACCUCUAACAACUCCAGUGGCGCAAAGUCAGACAUGGACAUGGCGUAUGAAAGAGCCCGGGUUCACUUUGCCUUGGAGGACGUGGCCAGCAGCCCAGCUGGGGGCAAGUCGAUACUGAAGAAGUCUGUGACAGUGGCAGAAGCUCCUUCAGCAGUUUUCCAUUAUAGUGCUGUGCAAGAUGUCUGUAACACCAAACAUAUUGAUGCCAUCGUUGAAGCAGCAAAGAAAGACCUUUCAACCUUGAUGAAACUUGAUGAUCCUUCGCUGCUGAACGGCAAAGUGACGCUGCACCAGGUCACUGCUGGGACUGUGCUGUCGAGGCAGGGAGAUCAGGAUGUUAAUGUUUGCUUUGUGGUUUCGGGGAUGCUUCAUGUGUACCAGCGGAAGAUAGACUCAGAGGAGGACACCUGCCUGUUCAUUACCCACCCAGGAGAGCUCGUGGGGCAGCUUGCGGUCCUGACUGGGGAACCACUGAUCUUCACCAUCAAGGCCAAUCGAGACUGCAGCUUCCUGUCCAUCUCCAAGUCCCAUUUCUAUGAGAUAAUGCGGUCGCAGCCAAGCGUGGUUCUUGGUGUGGCCCACACUGUGGUGAAGAGGAUGUCCCCAUUUGUUAGGCAAAUGGACUUUGCCCUGGACUGGAUGGAGGUUGAGGCUGGACGAGCUGUUUACAGGCAGGGUGACAAGUCAGACUGCACAUACAUUGUGUUGAACGGUCGCCUUCGCUCAGUCAUUCGGGUGGAUGAUGGCAAAAAGCACCUGACGGGUGAAUAUGGCCGAGGAGACCUCAUCGGGGUGGUAGAGGCAUUAACCAAUCAACCCAGAGCCACCACAGUACACGCCGUCAGAGAUUCCGAACUUGCCAAACUCCCCGAGGGAGCACUGGUAUCUAUCAAGCGCAAAUUCCCCCAGGUUGUGACUAGACUUAUUCACUUGCUGGGCGAGAAGAUUCUUGGCAGUCUUCAGCAGGGAGGUCAUCCCCUUGGAUAUCACAGCUCGGGCAGCAAGUGGGAUGCUGGGAAUCCUGCCAGCAAUCUCUCCACAGUGGCAAUCAUGCCAGUGUCUGAAGACGUGCCGCUGACAGCUUUUACUCUGGAGCUCAAGCACGCUCUCAGCGCCGUGGGUCCUGCUUUGCUGCUCACCAGUGAUAACAUCAAACAGCGACUUGGUGCUGCUGCGCUGGACAGUAUCCAUGAAUACAGACUAACCAGCUGGCUGGGACAGCAGGAGGACAUCCACCGCAUUGUGCUCUACCAGGCAGACAGCACCCUCACACCCUGGACCCAGCGCUGCAUCCGGCAGGCUGACUGCAUCCUGAUUGUGGGGCUGGGAGACCAGGAGCCGACUGUUGGAGAGCUGGAGAGGAUGCUGGAGAACACUGCGGUCCGAGCCCAGAAGCAACUGAUCCUGCUCCAUAAGGAGGAUGGGCCUCUGCCUUCCCGAACUGUGGAAUGGCUCAACAUGCGGAGCUGGUGUUCUGGUCAUCUUCAUCUCCACUGUCCACGCAGAGUCUUCUCUAAAAGAAGCCUGACCAAGCUGAUAGAGAUGUAUGAACGCAUAUGCCAGAAACCUCCAGACCGUCACUCUGACUUCUCCCGCCUGGCUCGUGUUCUGACCGGGAAUGCCAUUGCACUGGUGCUUGGUGGCGGAGGAGCAAGGUAG